GCGGAAAGGGCUGCGGUGCGGCUCCGAAGGGAGGGGAGCGGAGGGUACGGUGGCCGGCGAGGGUCACAAUUGGUGGGCUCGGCGGCAGGCGGAACCGGCCCGUGGGCUCCCGUCUCUCCGCCGCCGCCGCCGUCCACCCAGCCCCGGCCAUGUCGCUGCUGCAGUCGGCGCUGGACUUCCUGGCCGGGCCGGGCUCCUUGGGGGCCGCCAGCCGGGACCAGAAUGACUUCGUGGGACAGGUGGUGGAGAUGGGCGAGGUGAAGCUGCGGAUCAAGAAGGUCAUCGCCGAAGGUGGUUUUGCUUUUGUAUAUGAAGCUCUGGAUGUUGGCAGCAGCAAAGAAUACGCUUUAAAGAGAUUACUGUCUAACGAAGAAGAAAAGAACAAAGCCAUCAUUCAGGAAGUUUGCUUCAUGAAAAAGCUCUCUGGUCACCCAAAUAUUGUCCAGUUCUGCUCCGCUGCCUCGAUAGGCAAAGAACAGUCUGAUACCGGGCAAGGGGAGUUUCUUCUGCUGACAGAGCUAUGUAGAGGGCAAGUGGUAGAAUUUUUGAAGAGAGCUGAAUCCAAAGGGCCCCUCUCGUGUGAUACGAUUCUGAAGAUAUUUUAUCAGACGUGCCGGGCCGUGCAGCAUAUGCAUAAACAGAAGCCUGCGAUUAUUCAUAGAGAUCUUAAGAUUGAAAACAUGCUGAUGAGUAACCAAGGAACAAUUAAGCUGUGUGACUUUGGCAGCGCUACAACAAUGGUACACUACCCAAACUAUAGCUGGUCUGCACAGAAAAGAGCAAUGGUGGAGGAAGAGAUCACAAGGAACACAACCCCAAUGUAUAGGACUCCAGAAAUAGUAGAUCUGUACUCAAAUUUCCCAAUUGAUGAAAAACAGGAUAUCUGGGCAUUGGGCUGCAUCCUCUACUUGCUGUGUUUUAGACAGCACCCGUUUGAAGAUGGAGCAAAGCUUCGGAUAGUCAAUGGGAAAUAUUCCAUCCCCCAAAAUGACACGAGAUACACAGUGUUCCAUGAUCUUAUUCGGGCUACUUUGAAAGUGAACCCAGAAGAAAGGUUGUCCAUUACAGAGCUAGUGAACCAACUGCAGGAGAUUGCGGCUGCCAGGAACGUGAACCCAAAGUCCCCCAUUACAGAGCUCCUUGAACAAAAUGGAGGUUAUGGAAAUAACGCUCAGCCUAGGACGCCGUUAACAGUGGGCCCACCAAACUCAAAGCCUGCAGGACAGCUAAACAAUAUGUAUAACGCAGGUCUGACCGUCGCAGAAUGCGACCAGACUUACAGCGGCUUCUUCGAUAUACUGAGAGGCGGAACAGAGAGAUUUUUCACAAAUAUCAAAGACACGUCCUCGAAAGUUAUCCAGUCUGUGGCCAAGUGGCGUCUCUUGGGCAAGGUGAACACUUCGGUGUGGUUUGAUUUCCCUUCAGAAAAGGUCACUCAAGGCCGCAUGGUUUUUUCGGCCCUCUGGAUAGACUGGGAUUUUAAAAUUGAAGAGGGAAAAGCCGAAAUCCCACUUGGCAUAACAGUCCAAGGAGACGUUCUCAUUGUCAUCUAUCACGCCAGGUCCACUUUAGGGGGCAGACUCCAAGCCAAGAUGGCCUCAAUGAAGAUGUUCCAGAUCCAGUUCCAUACAGGAUUCGUACCUCGAAAUGCUACUACUGUGAAAUUUGCAAAAUAUGACCUGGAUGCAUGCGAUAUCCAGGAGAAAUAUCCCGACUUGUUUCAAGUGAAUCUGGAAGUUGAAGUGGAGCCUCGGGAUCGGCCCAGCGCUGAAAGAGCCCCGUGGGAUAACUUGAACAUCAAGGGUUUAAACCCCAAGAUCCUUUUCUCCAGCCGGGAGGAACAGCAAGAGAUCUUAACAAAAUUCGGUAAACCAGAACUGCCGAGGCAGCCAGGGUCCACAGCCCAGUACGAAGCGGAAACGUCCAAAUCAGACCCGUCUUCUGACAGCGCACCCACAGAGCCGGACUCUCCGCAGAGUGGUGCCACUGAAGGAAAUUUCUUCCACUCAUUGGAUUGGCAAGAGGGCAAGGCUUCUGAAGCCGCACUGGAGGAUCAUUUUUCAAAAGAGAGUCCCGGACUAAUGGACGAAAGGGACGCCAGCGACCUUUCUGAGGAGGAGUUCACGGUGCUUCCCGGCAAGCCCCUUGAGGAGAUGGAGAAACACACACUGGAGCAGGAAGACGGCGAGCCGCUCUUUGAAGCAGAAAUUCCCACUCCACAGUCAGAGGAGACCCUGGUGGAAGACAGCGUUGACUUGCUUGGACUGGAUUCAGAAGCUCCGUCAGAGCUGCUCCAGCCUCCUUCAGAAAUGAAGAGUUCCUCCAGCAAUGCGGACUUGUUGAAUGACCUGUUUGUUGGUGGUGCUGCAGAGGAUUCAGAGGACUCUACUGCGGACCUUCUGGGAGGAGGAGCCGAUUUCUUUUUUGGAAGCCAGGCUCAGCCGGCGACAAGCUCCCAGAGAGUUUCUCCUCCGACCGUAGCUGCCUCUUCCACAGCUGACCCGUUCGACCCUUUUACAAUAUCAUCCAGUCCCGACAAUCCAAGUCUUAACACUCCUGAUCUUUUUGGUGACUUCCUAAAUCCAAAUGCACCACCAGCAUCGGGUAUGUUCCCCUCCACCCACAGUGCUCCGCCUCCUUCUUCUAGCACGGACUUCCUUAAUUUAGGGAAUUUGUCAUCAGACCCACCAAAAAUAGUUUCCUCAGCAAGCCAGCCUGACCUCUUAGGUGGGUGGGAUUCGUGGGCAGAUACCGCACCGGUCAACAAUCCAGCACCAUCGCAGCCUAAGAAGUCCAGCUUUGAAGGACAAGCUUUUACAACGGGGGGCCCGACGAGUGUCUCCUCUGGGCUUUCCUUCAGCCAAGCAAAAUCACAGAACUUCGACCCUUUUGCUGAUCUUGCGAACCUGCGAACUGGCCUUCCAAGUGCUUCCAGUGGAGGAUUCUCAGCGAGUGGUUUUGCUGCAAAGUCUACUCAGUCCCAGAAAGCAGGGAGUCAGUGGCCAGCCGGGAAGCCACAAAGCGAAGCUGGCGUCAUGGCAACCCAGUGGCAUGCCCAAACCCCCGAGGCAACCCAAACAAAACCGAACUACACUGUGAAUUUCAGCGUCAUUGGAAAGCGGGAAGAGAGGGGCAUCAGAGCUCCAGGCUUUGGUCAAAAGCCCAAAGUUUCAGAGAGCGAUUUUGAGGAUCUGCUGUCCAAUCAAGGGUUUUCAGCCAAAUCAGACAAAAAAGGACCAAGGACCAUUGCGGAGAUGAGAAAGCAAGAAAUGUCUAAAGAUAUGGAUCCCCUAAAAUUAAAGAUUCUAGAUUGGAUUGAUGGGAAAGAGAGAAAUAUUAGAGCUUUAUUAUCCACGCUUCACACGGUGCUCUGGGAAGGUGAGACGAAAUGGAAGCCAGUGGGCAUGGCUGACCUCGUCACCCCAGACCAAGUCAAGAAGUACUAUAGGAAGGCGGUCCUUGUCGUUCACCCAGAUAAGGCCACAGGACAGUCUUACGAACAGUAUGCCAAAAUGAUCUUCAUGGAACUGAACGACGCGUGGUCAGAAUUUGAAAACCAGGGAUCCAAGUCACUUUUUUAACAUGCUCCCUCUUGCAGGAGGGUAGAUAUCAAAAUGUAUUGGCAGCAAAACCGAAUCUUUGAGUGCUGUUGGUUGUGGCCUCCUUAGGUUUGAGGAAGGGAGCGAGAAAAAGCCCUUCCCGGUUCCUGCACACUCUGAAACUAUACACUCAGCAAGCCACUCUGUGUGUGUGUGUGUGUGU